AGUAGAAUUGGAGGGAGCUUUGUUUUUAUUUUUGCAAUAUGGUCAUUCCUUGCGUGGAUUUUAGACGCAGCUAACUGAAUACCUAACUCUCAGUCCACUGAAAAUGGCUAAAUUACAGUCUUUGAGUGUGUUUGUUAAUACGCGUUUAACAGUGGCUGCCGUAGAGAUUAUGGGGGCUGUAGAGAAAGUGUUAGCGGAGUACCAGGAGGAGAUUUCCAGAUCUAAAGAGGAGAAUGACAGGCUACGCAGACUGCUGCGGAUCACACCGGAGAUAAAACUAUGUAGAACAGACUCCCUCCAGUUCUCUCUUACCGUCUCCGAGGAGGAGGUUAACCCUGUGCAGCAGCACUGUGACCAGGAGGAAUGGAAGUCCAGUCUGGGGACGGAUGACCCAGAGCCCAUACAGAUUAAAGAGGAGGAAGUCGGGACCACUCAGGUGGCAGGGCAUCUUCAAGGGAUGGAGGCUGACAUCAUAGAGUUCAUAUUCACUCCUCCCUGUGUGAAAAGUGAUUGUGGUCAGGAGGACCCACUUUUGAGUCUUCCCCAAACCGAGACUGUGGAAAAGAGAGAGCGUGACUCUAAACCAUUGGAUCUCAAACCUUUUGGCACUGUGACCCACCUCAACAUUACCAGUGACCCUCCAGAUAAUCAAGACAAUGUCUCCAGCCACAGCUCAGCUGUAAGCAGCGAUCCAGUAGGAUUUGACAUAAACCCUCCAUUGGAUCCCAACUCAACAUUAAGGAAACCCGGUACUAAAGCCAGCACCACGUAUAAAAAAACUCAUAUACUCCCCAUGCCCAGAGUUAGGGUCAGAACCACAGACAGAGGUCUGUUUCAUCCAGAGACAUUUGAGAGAGCCUCCCAAGAUGUGCUGGUAGGGGGCCAGUCAGUCAGGAGUGCAGCGAAAGCACAUGGUGUAUGCCAUGUUACUUUGUUUAGGUACUGUCGGAGGAAAAAGGAUAGCGCCAAUGCCCGACUGCCAGCAUACAGAGCCCACAACAGAGUGUUUAGUCAGGAGCAGGAGAAUAAUCUGAAGGAGUAUCUGUUGAGGGCUGCAGAUAUAUACUUUGGAUUGAGUCAUAAAGAGGUGCGGAGACUUGCAUACCAGCUUGCCCAACACUACCGCUGCAAGUACCCUGAGACCUGGGCCACCAAGGAGAUGGCAGGGAAAGACUGGUUCACCUCCUUCCUCAAAAGGCACCCCGGCCUCUCCAUCCGACAGCCUCAAGCCACCAGUCUAUUGAGGGGGACAAGUUUCAAUGCAACGAACGUGUCUCAGUUCUUCAACAACCUUUCUACUAUUCUGGGCCGCCACCACUUUGAGGCCAAAGAUGUGUGGAACAUGGAUGAGACCAGCACCGCAACAGACCAAGUGCCGGACAAAAUCAUUGCCAACAGAGAGAGGAAGCAGGUCGGACCAACGACAUCUGCAGAGAGAGGAACAUUGGUUACUACGGCACUAGCGGUCAAUGCUGGAUCGAAGUGUUUACGGCCCCCAGAGGAGAUACAUCAACAGUGCCAUUGAUUGCUGGAUAAAGACGUACCCUGGCAGAACGGUCUCCAAAUACGACAUACCAGGAAUUGUGGCAACAGCCCUACCAUCUGCUGUAACACCAGCCAACGUCAUGGCUGGGUUUCACUGUACCGGAUAUGGCCAUUAACCCUACUGUCUUUACAGAAGCCAAAUUCUCACGGGCUUUUGUAACAGGUCAUCCUGCCCCCGCCGCCACAGAGGAGCCAGCUGCAGCACCAGGGGGCCAUGGUGUCUCUCCACAGGCCCAGCCCAGGGUGGAGGUCAAUGCAAGUCCUGCGGGGCGGUCUGUCUCUCCUGGGCAGGGGGAGGUCCAAGCCCAUUCCACCUCUGGGGAUCACCUCCACGCUGUCUCAGAUCCAUCUACACCUGAAGAUCUCUUCUGUGAUUCUGCGCUGAGUCAAUCCAUCCCCACAGAUGACUUCAGCCUUGUCUAAACAUCAGACCGUUACCAUGGUUACGCCAUGGAUCUCAGUCUGAAAGAAGUCACUGUAAAAAAGACGCAAUAGUCUACAAGACAGAAUGUUGAAUACAUUGAUAUUUAAACGUACUUUACCGGUUUUCCGUGCUGUUGGUCCUUUUGGUGGUAGGAAGCGGAGAUGGGGUAUCCACAGGAAAGUGUUGUUUACCUGACUUUUGUGGCGCCGGUAGGUUCUGUUGCUUGUAUAUCCCAUGUCCUGAUGCAUUCCAUGUGAUGCACAAUAUGUAAACAAUAACCCAAUGUAACCGAAUGUUGUCGACCAAAGCCUGUUCCCUCUCAAUCAGCUGAAAGUGCUUGGGAAAUGUGCCAUCUGAUUGCGUGGGACAACGUUUGGUCUGUGCUUCGGUUAAAUUUGGCCAUUGUUGACAUAUUGUGCAAGUCCCGUGCGAAUUGUGUCAGCAUUGAAAAUACAAACCGACAUACAGACCAGCGUACUGAAAGUAAUAACACUACUCUGUGGAUAUUUUGGCUCAGAUUACCUCCUACAUAAGGACAAACUCAGCGGACAACAGGUAAAGUACGUUCAAAUUAAGUUUCAUGAGCCUACAUGUUAGAGAUGAGAGAGGAGUCUUCCACUCUCGGAUUAGUAGAGGCUAACUUCAGCCCUGUAGCUGUCCGACCUUUCCCCAAGGCGAAGGAGAAGAACGACCACCAUUCUAACCGAUACCCCUGUCAAGGUGCCCUGGAGGAGGAGAAAACAGAAUAUAGUGAUAGCGCAGCUUGGAGAAACAGUGUGGCAAAAAAUCUAAUCAAAUCACAUUUUAUUUGUCACUUGCACCAAAUACAACAGGUGUAGACAUUACAGUGAA